UAAAGUCGGCAUGACUGAAGGGACUGAAAUUUGGUUGUCGUGAGAUAAGGUACUCUAUUGGCUACUGUCUCUGGCACGCCUUUGUGUUUAUGAACCGUUUCCUCAACCGCUUGGAUUCCUCAACUGCUGCGUUAUUUUCUAUCAUGUUAUAUUUCUGAAUCCUGCGUGCACGUCGUCGUUCAUCGAGGAGCUAAAGGACUUGUUUUACCCAAAACGUUUCGGUACGUACUACACAGUUUAGUGUAAUGAAAGCCCUUGACUGAGGUGUUGAAUCUGCCGUUUGACAAGCUAUCAUUCUGGACAAAUGAGACACCACAGAAUCUGGAUGUGUUGCUAUGGCUCUCAGACUUGACAAGGCCUUUUCAGACACCUCCUCACAGAUGGAGAACAAGAGCCAUGUGAGGUGGAAGACCAGGAUCCCAGAGUUCAUUCGCAAUGGUCACUCUAGACCAUUCAGUCAUGGGUCAAGUGAGUUGUCAAGGCCUGCACAUGUCCAGGAGGCCAAGGAUUCAGAAAAAGAACAGAUUGGUUGCAAAAAGACAGUUACCAUGGCACCUGUUUCCAGGUUUAUGACAGACAGAAGCCUCUACACCAUGAGAAAACCAUUGAUCUCCUCACAAAGCCAGAUGCCUAUACUGAAGAAUCCAUCCACGCAUGAAGACUCAAAGAGGGAAGCUCAGAUGAGCUAUAAAUCAGAUUCCUCUAAAAAAAAUGAAAAAAGUCUGCCUAAGCAAUCAUCCAGAGAUAUCACAGAUGUUUCUCUAUCUUAUACAUUCUCCCCUCCACUGUCCAAAGAGGACCUAGAUACCUCCAUGAGCAUAUCAGACCUCUGGCCGUGGUCACAUGAUGAGGAGCCUAUUUUUAACACUUCAGCCAACAAACGCUGCCUGUCUAGUCCCCCUUUAGCUUCUAUGAGCUUAACCGCACCCCCGGUGCCUAAGUGGAUAUCCACUCCCCGAAACACUUCUCAUUCGUCCAACCACACUUCUCGUUUCACCAGAAAGGUAAAUACAAAAGCAGGUGAGAUGGAGAAAGGAAGAGAUUCUCUUGUUAACACAGAAUCUUCCCAGUAUCUCUGUAAACAUAUAUCCCCUUAUCAGGCCAACUAUUGGGCCUGUGCGAUUCCCAACUCCAUGCCACCCUCCCCAAAUCGCAAAUCCCCUAACUGGGAUCCUGAAAAGGAAUACCAGGCACUCCUAGACUAUACAUACCCUCUGAGACCCAACAUUGCCAAUAAAUGGAGUUCACUAGAGUCAGUGUCUCUGUUACGAACUGAUCCACUGGUGCAAGACUCAGGCAUUGAGUUGGACCACUUUUGCAGAUCUUCCACUCUGUCUUGUUUGGACCUAUCCCAGGGAGGGACUGAACAUGGAAGGUAUAGUCCAGCAUCAGGUCAAAGGUCAACUGAAUUUCGGAGUGUUAAUCUAAAGAAACCAUCACAUUAUAAGUCCUCAGAUGGUAUACUGUCCAGUAGCUUGUACUCUUCACUAGAUCAAGCUGGCUUGUCUGUUGAGAAUCUGGACUGUGACUGGAAGAAAGGGAUUCACUACCGUAAAUUUGGUAUCUUCUCCGCAUUCAGGUCUGCCCCCACAUUCAUUAGUUCAACACACAUUCUACCCCGCCCUGAUUCACAGGGCCAAUGGGACGAAGAGUUCCUUCGCCUUCCUGAACAGCUACAAGAACUUCAGGUGCUUACACAGCAGCUGAGGGACAUUCAUGCUCAGAUGAGCCAGCCGGUCACCACCAGCUGGGAAUCUCUUGAGAGUGAAAUUACAUCUGUUAGAUCGCCAACGGUUGUUGGAAAGCAGAAACCAGUGGUGGAUCAAAGAAGUGAGGAAGGUAAUGAAGUAGAGAGGGAAUCUGUAUCUGAAAGCCCUCUUCAGUCUGAGGAUCAUUUAGAGAAGGCUAAGGAGCUUGAUGCCAGAAUAAAGAUGAUUAGCCGAGGGAUGAACAGGAGUAGCCUGAGGGAGAUGGAAGCCAUUAUGGAUCAGCUAAGUGGAAUGUCUAUGUCUGAGAUUGAGAGGACAGUACAAACAGACCAGGAUGAAGAAGAGACCAAUGAGUCACUCAUGCAGCACAUACAGGCAUUUUGCUCAAACCUAGACGAGCUGAUCCAUUGGCUGUACAAGGUGGUAGAAAAAGUGGAGGUUCUUUCUCCACCUAUGGUUGAUUUAGAGAGUGUCAAAGCUUCCUUGGCUAAAUAUAAGAUUUUUCAGGAAGAAGUCCAAGCCCAUAAGCCCCUUACAGCAGAUGUCCUGCAGACUGGAGAGAUGCUUUUGCAUUGCAUGAACUCAGCCUCUCCAUUUCUUAAGGAGACAAUGGUGAUGAUAGAGAGGCAGUCUCGUACACUGGAAACACAUUCAGAGUAUCUUCUCUCCUCUGUUUUGUCAGCCAUGGACUGCCUCACUGACCCCAGGACUCAGGAAGCCUCAGAAGGGAGUUCCUGAGAAUUAGUCUUGGAAAGUGUUGUGAAAAACAAAAAGGCUCCGUCGGCUCGCUUUCUUCGAUGAGACGCCCUUUUGGUUCACCCGGUGUUUUAUCAAUUCCAUAUCAAGAGGACAAUAACCUUAAAGAACUAAGUACUUGAUAAACAUGUUAUUAUUGUUUCCUACAUGUUUUAUACUUUAUAUCAUGUCUGCUGUAUCCAAAAGUGGUGUUAUGUUUGCGGUUUAUUUAAAUCUCAUGAGCUUGUGCUGUCACAACUUAUGCAAUGAAUUGCCCAUCUUUACAUACUCAUGCCAGAAAAUGCCUUGAGCUGACCUAAUGGAGUUUUAAAGUUCUGCUCUACUGAAGAGGUGGAAAGACACAGUGUCAAUCGAGAAUGGGAUCUCAGGUUAUUACCCUUUAAAUUUUAAUAGAGAAAUCCAGCCUUCAUUUGCAUCUCUGUGGCUUUAGUUUCCCCUCUGACUCUUAAGUAACCUGUGCAUCAAUAACAUAUUUGUAUUCUAUUUUUGGAUGAAUAAUUAGUGUAAUUAAUAGAAUGAUGAUUAAACAUUUCAAAGAAGUCUCCUAGAGCUCUCUGGAUUGAAGGCAAAAUGCAAUAUUUGACACAAAUUCACAGGUCUCAUUCCUAGCAUCAAGCAUGGUUUGUGGAAGCAUCAUGCUCUGGAGUUGCUUUGCAGAAGGAUGAACUGGAAAGCUUGUUGCCCUCAAAUCAUUAUGGAUAGUGUUAAAAUUUGGAGGUCAAAAGAAUAAAUUGUAAAAAACUAAAUUCUAAAGAUUCCAACACUAUUUCAGUUAGAACUUGAACUAGAAAGAAUUAUAUUCAUAUUCAGAAAUAUCAAUGACUUCCAGGCCUGAAAAUUCCUUGAUAUUUCCAGGUUUUCAAUGACUGUGUUAACCCACUAAAUCACAAAGCUGCACAAUUCAUUUUAUGAAUAGGCCUACAGGUGAAUGUUGUUAACAGCAGAUUAAACAAAGCUAAAGGCAGUGUCUUGGAGAAACUUCAACAGCAGAAUUAACACACUUAAGUUUAACAUGUUUUUUGUAUUGUUCGUACAUUGCCAUUUUAUGCAAUUCAAAAACAUUUUUGGACAAUAAAUGAUCACCUUUUUGAUAUUUUAUCUGUAUAAUGACUUGGUUAACGUUGCAUUCCUUUGAGAAGUAGAAGAUACUUGAAAAAUUGUAAAGCCAAAUAGUUUUACAGAUAUUCCUCCUGUUGGUUUUUAAAUUCUUGUCAUAAAUUAACAAAGGUGGUCACUGAGGCCUCAGAUUGAAGGUUUUCUAAAUUUGCAUGGAGAGAUAUAUUUUUUCUUCUUUAAACAGUAGAAACGUGCAUUUAUUCCAGAUGGCUGAUAUAUCCAGAUCUCUGUACCAGUUUUUUUUUUUUUAUUGCCUUUCAGU